GGCUUGGUUUUCACUUUUCCCUCGGCCAGCGCUCGGCUUCGUUCCCCAUCUCAUCUACCUCUCCUGUCGUCUUCUCGCCGUUUCUCCUUCCCUGGCUGCAGUCUGCGUACUUCGCCCCGGCCGGAAGAGAUGGAUCCCGACGGAAGCUAUGCUUGGCAAGCAGCUGCAGCAGAAGCGAGGAAGCCGUUGAGGCUGAGGGUGCGCUCCGCGGCCAGGGGCCUGCUCUUCUGGGGCCUCGCCGCGGCGGCGCUCGCGCUCUCCGUCAUGCUCGCUCCGAUGGGCUCCCUCUUCCUGCUGGGCCCCUGCGCCCCGCCGACCGACGCGGAGGCCGCGGGCCUGCGCGCCGAGGCGGCGCUGCUGCUGCUGUCCGGGGCCGGGCAGGCGCUCGCGGCGCAGGUGGCGCUGCUCGUGCCGUGGCGGCCGCUCGCCUACCUCGCCUGGGUGGUGGCCACCCCCACCUUCAACCACGCCACCGCCGUCCUCCUGAGGAUCGUCGCUGCCCCGGCCAUCUCCAUGGCGUGGUCGCCGCCUACUUCGGACUAUUCUCCGGCAUACUGUUCGUGGCGCUCAUCGCAUCAUGUGCCGUCGUCCUCUUCGGAAAGAAGUAGCUGCCAUGCCAUGCAUUGGCCGUCCAAUUGAUCAUAACCAAUGCCUACUAGUAGAAUAAUCUCCAAGGCAAGGCUUGUUAGAUAAUUGAAACAAUCUUUCCGGCCUCUGCAUCGUACAAUGCUCAAUGCAAGAAGCCUAGAGUAGAAUCGAAGUAGAUCAAAUUUGUUGUUGUCCACUGUCGUCUGACUGACAGCAUCUAUCUAGCAUGUUCACUGUUCACCUUUGUGUGGCAUAUAUGUCGCCACGUAGCUUCAUUAGCCAAGGUUAUGCAUGGUUAGUACCAUCGGAGUGAUGAGUUCUUGAAAAUUGUACUUUGGUUGGUAUGCGUAACCUAACUAUGAGUUUCCA